CAGCAAGCUGCGCGCCGCGCCAGGCCUCAUCCCUUUUGUGCCAUCCGGGUCUCUCGCGCAAGGGAUAUAGUCUGUGGCGAAGCGUCGGGGCGGCCGGGACUGUUGAGCGCGUCCAGCGGAGGCGCCGCCUUAGCGGCCGGGACUCGAAAACGAUGGCGGCUACUGAUACAGAACGAGAUGGACUAGCCCCAGAAAAGACAUCCCCAGAUAGAGAAAAGAAAAAAGAGCAGUCAGAUGUGUCUAUUUCUCCUAGAACCUCAAAACAUCACUAUUCAAGGUCACGGUCAAGAUCAAGAGAAAGAAAGCGAAAAUCAGAUAAUGAAGGAAGAAAACACAGGAGCCGGAGCAGAAGCAAAGAGGCAAGAAGACAUGAAUCCAAAGAUAAGCCCUCUAAGAGACAUAAGUCUGAGGAGCACAAUGACAAAGAACAUUCUUCUGACAAAGGAAGAGAGCGAUUAAAUUCAUCUGAAAAUGGUGAGGACAGACACAAACGCAAAGAAAGGAAGUCAUCACGAGGCAGAAGUCACUCAAGAUCUAGGUCUCGUGAAAGACGCCAUCGAAGUAGAAGCAGGGAGAGGAAGAAGUCUCGGUCCAGGAGUAGGGAUCGGAAAAAGUCUCGAUCCAGAAGCAGAGACAGGAAGAAGUCAAGAUCUAGAAGCCGGGAUAGAAAACGAAGGAUUAGAACACGUUCCCGAUCGAGAUCCAGACACAGGCAUAGGACUAGAAGCAGGAGCAGAUCAAGAAGUCGAAGUCGAGAUAGAAAGAAGAGGAUUGAAAAACCAAGAAGAUUUAGCAGAAGCCUAAGCCGGACACCUAGUCCACCUCCCUUCAGAGGCAGAAACACAGCAAUGGACGCCCAGGAGGCUUUAGCUAGGAGGUUGGAAAGGGCAAAGAAAUUACAAGAGCAACGAGAAAAGGAAAUGGUUGAGAAGCAAAAGCAACAAGAGAUGGCUGCAGCAGCUGCAGCCACUGGGGGCUCUGUUCUCAAUGUUGCUGCACUAUUGGCGUCAGGAACACAAGUGACUCCUCAGAUAGCUAUGGCAGCUCAGAUGGCAGCCCUGCAAGCCAAAGCCUUGGCAGAGACCGGCAUAGCUGUGCCCAGCUACUAUAACCCAGCUGCUGUGAAUCCAAUGAAAUUUGCUGAGCAAGAGAAAAAGAGGAAAAUGCUCUGGCAAGGCAAGAAAGAAGGCGACAAAUCUCAAUCUGCUGAAAUAUGGGAAAAAUUGAACUUUGGAAACAAGGACCAAAAUGUCAAAUUUAGGAAGUUAAUGGGAAUUAAGAGUGAAGAUGAAGCUGGCUGUAGCUCGGUUGACGAAGAAAGUUACAAGACUUUGAAGCAACAAGAAGAAGUUUUUCGAAAUCUUGAUGCUCAGUAUGAAAUGGCAAGAUCACAAACCCACACACAAAGAGGAAUGGGUUUGGGUUUCACAUCUUCAAUGCGUGGAAUGGAUACAGUUUGAAAACUACCAACUUGGGACUUUAUAGACUUGUUCUGAUGUCAGGUCCUUGUUCACCAAACAGCUAGUAUUCUAGCUUGCAUGGGUGUUGCAUUGACUUUAAUUUAUUGAAAAAUACGAUUUUUUUUGUAAAUAUCAGAUCAGUGAUACUGGUGUUAGUGUUGUAAUCAGGUUAAACCCACUUCCAUUAAACUUGACAGGACUAUAGAAGGACAAUAUUUUUUAGUUCAUGAAUUCUACUUUUCAAAUCUAUUAAAGCUUCGGGUGGGAUAAAAUCUCAUACAUAGAUUUUCUCGUGUCCGCUGUCUUGUGUACUUUUGUACUUAACCUUGUACAGUUAUUUUCAUCUCUUGAAACAUGAAAGAAAUGUUAAGUAGAUGUUCUUUAGAAGAUCUGGCCAUUUGGUACAUAAUCUGCACACAUACGCUGGGCAGUGAUAAUAAAAAUGGUUUUCUCAAAACUGGUGUUAAUUUAA